AUGACUGCUAAGAGCUCUAUAAUUGUUAGAUUGGCUCGUUUUGGUAGAAGACACCAACCGCUUUACAAUAUUGUUGUUGCCAGAAGACAGGCAGCCAGAGAUGCCUUACCUAUUGAAGUAUUAGGAACUUACGAUCCAAAGCCAGUUCCAUUAUCCCCACAAGAAAAACAACAGAAUGUCAAGCCUUAUAAGAACAUAGAGUUAGAUUUCGAUAGAUCCAAGUACUGGCUAGGAGUUGGUGCUGACGUUAGUGACCGUGUCACCUUUUUAUUUAAAAGAGCAGGUCUUUUGCCUGAGCAAUGGCCAAGUCCUCAAAAAUUAUCACAGCAUACUAAAAAGUCUACUACUAGACCAUUAGAAGUAGUUGAAGAAGAAGCCCAAACCUUAUUAAGACCAAGAGAUUAGUAGCGUGCCAGUCUCAUGAUACAUAAAUAAUGUCCUUUCCUUGUAUAUAUAUAUUAUCAAUAUCACAAUUC